CAGAUGAGCCUCUAGUAACAAGUUGCUCGGCUCCCCCGCUUGCUUGCUCCUGUGUUGCCAAGUCUAUUCAGCGGAAAAAAGGGAUUUAUCGAUACGUGAGACACGAGGAAUGGACUCUUUGGAACAACGCUUGCGCUGACAGAGCGACUUCUAGAAUAACUUUGGGUGACUGAAUCAUAAAUCCCGUGUCUUCUUUCACGUUUUGGGAUAAAGGAGUUUGUUUCUAUUAUUAAGAUGACCGGGGAAACGCGAUAGGUGCUUUGGUAACGUUACAAGCCAUUAAUUGCCUUUGGGUAAUGUUGCCGGUUGUUUCAUUAAUUUUACUGAAAGUUGAGCUUAUGAUGUAUCCGUAGUUUGUAUUAAUUUGGAAUAAUGGGAAAUGUUUAAGUGUCAGUCCUUAUCAUCAAGCGUCAAGAACUUUGCUAACUAGCAACAGUUAGCAACUUGCUAGCCAACUGGCUGAUGCAUUUAGCUAGAAGUACAGCUUCCAUAGUUUAAAGGGUGAAGUAACUUUAUUUCAAUUACUAAAAGUCGUUUGGCAGACACAAGGUUCGGUCUGGAACUCGUCAUUUUCAGUUGAGAUUAUUUUGGUGUGUGUGUGUGUGAGUCAGCUCAAUUGGUUUCAACUUGCCUAAGGGAUUGAUGAGCUGCUGAGAGUGUGAUAACCUAUUGAGUUAAACAUGGCUCCUAAUGGAUUUAAGGGGGAGUAAGGCUGGAGAAAGCAGCUUGACUCGGCACUUGGUUGGCAGCAAGUCACAACGGAAAAGAGAUGGGGUCCUUUACCCCCUCAAUCCGACAACAUGUUGCAUUUAAUUCUCUAUUUUAAGAGCAUUAAGGGUCUGGAUUGUGAACAGGUGUUAACACAGCAGUAACCAUAAGUAAACGCUACAGCGUGUGUUCUAGAGAGGGCACACGUCCAGUUGCAGUUAGCUGGGAAAUAGGUUUUCCUGUCAUUUUGUGUACCAGUGUGGAUGUUUAGCCAUUUUGAGAGUCCGAGCUGCCAUAAAAGAAGAUGGAAACCAUAGAGCACAGAAUAGAGAAGCAGUUUGUUGGCAGGGACCCCAACCACUUGCUGGAACCCGAAAGAUACAGUUUGGACCAGAGAAAUGUCGAUGGAGAAGGAUGGAGGCUGGUGGAUGUGCUCCUCACUGGAGGGGCACCAUGGGGUUUUACCCUCAGGGGAGGCCGGGAACAUCACGAACCUCUUCUCAUAACUAAGGUAGAGGAGGGUAGCAAGGCAGCAGCUGUCAGACUCCAGGUUGGAGACGAGCUGGUCAACAUCAACGAAAUUCCCCUGAGCGGCUACCGGCAGGAGGCCAUCUGCCUGGUCAAGGGAUCCCACAAGACCCUCACGCUGGUGGUGAAAAGGAGGAAUGAACCUGUAAGCAGGCCUCACUCCUGGCACUCAACCAAGUUCAACGAGGGCCAAUCGGAGACGUCCAAAGCACAGUCGACACCCUCGCCAGUCUGGCAAACAAGAUAUGAUGCAAGCUCAUCCUCAACGGAUCUCUCAUCUGGCUGGGACCAGACAAACCUGCGCCGAGUGUCUGACCAGUUCAGUUCUCUGGGCAGCAUGGACAGCCUAGAGCACGCGCCCCACCCUUACCCACCUGGGCGUCUGUCUCCGGGGAAAUCCAACAACAACAGCGUGGAGCACCUCGGAGGCGGCAAACGUGACUCAGCUUACAGCUCUUUUUCCACGAGCUCUGGCACCCCAGAUUAUACCCUUUCUAACAGUAACGCAGCCUCCACCGAAAACAUGCUUUAUAAGGUCAACCAGUGGGAUUCGGGCAGUAGGCACACCAAUGGAAGGCACAGUGUUGGUGAAGGAGUGCGUCAGGAUGAGCGCACAGGCUACCUACAGUUGCCCUCGGCCACGGGAAGUGGCGAGCCACCCAGGACUGAGGAACAGUCAGGUUCCCGGCACUCAAGCUCGAGUCGAACCAACUUUGGACCUGUGUGGCAUGUGCCAGACAAGAGGAAGACGUCAGCCCCCUCCCCUCCGCCACCUCCACCCCCUACCCGCAGCGACAGCUUUGCUGUGACAAAGGUCCACGAGAAAGGAAUGGUGAUUGCUUACCCUGAGGCCCCAGGGACUCAUGCCCAAUUGAAAACUCAAGGAAAAGGGUUAGACUAUCAAGGUAGCGAGAGGGGCUCUGAGUCUCGGCGUAGUUAUAAUCCAUGUAAAAAUGACAUUGUCAGUCCCUACAUUUCAGGAGAGGGCUACAGCCAGCCCCCGUUGAACCCCAACAAGACAUACUCUUUCUCCAGCACGGACGUGCGAGUUGGUCUCCCACCGGCUUAUUCCCACACGCCCUACCAUCAACGACAGUACAGUGAUGAGAGCACUUUCCACGCCCAGGCCAGAGCUGUGGCGGCACCCAGAACUCAGAACGUCAGUGGUUACUACAGCAGCAUGCAAGAGCUUCCCACCAACAACCACUCACAGAUCCACAACCAGAACCAGGGAAAGACACCAAGUACUUCUUUAUCCUCAAAUGCCUUUGAUCAGAAUGCAGACAGCGGAGGCCACAGUCGGUACUACUGUGUUACUUCGAGACAGCCACAGUCAGUAUCCCAGGCCUCCAUAGCAAAGAUGGAGGACUGGAAGGCUGGUUCUAGUUUAGAGAUGGCACAAGGUGGAGGAGAGAGGAAUUCUGUCAGUGCUCAAGGGGGGGUUAGUAAACCCAAGUAUCCUCCAACUCAGGUACUACAGUACAACGUAAACAGUAAUGGACAGUGCAAGCAAGGGGAGAGCCAAUACUCUGCCAUCAGCCCUGCUAGUUCACUCGAAGUGUCAAAGGUAACAUUAAAUGUGGAGCAGAGAUCAAGUCAGAGGAGGAACAGCGGGCCCGUUUCAGAGCCAUACUAUAUGAGCUAUCCGCCAAGUAAGCAAACUGAACAGAGGAGGAUUUCUGGCCCUCCAGCGGCAAAGGAGCCUUCCCAGGAGCUUUGGCAGCCCCAGGGGCAGAUCAAGAUAUGCCCACAGAAAACGCCCAUGCUGCACUCCCUUUCCAAAGCAAACUCUGAGCAGGAUGAUGGAGCUUUAGGCAGUGGAGCUGAAGGAUCAAAGGAAGUUGUGGAGAUUGUCAACGGCAAACAGGUGCGUCGCGCCGACCGGUUCGCCACCACACUGCGCAACGAGAUACAGAUGAAGAGGGCUCAGCUGCAGAAGAGCAGAAGCGCCGCUACCCUGAGUUCCACUGAGGAGGCUGAGGAGACGCCAGACCACUCGCCAUCCUCAGCCGAAGGGUCCUUCACAAGCUCUUAUAAGGACCAUCUGAAGGAGGCACAGGCUCGGGUCCUGAAGGCCACCUCAUUCAGGAGGAGAGACUUGGAGCCGGUUUUGCUUGAGCACCCUGAGCCCCAGCUGCCUGGUCCACCCACCACAACAGCCAUUAGUCGCAAAGAGGGAAUCUCCCUGCCCAGUGUCUCCGAAGUCCUGCAGACAAAGCCUGCGUCCGCUGGCGGCCAGGUGUCCCGCAUUGGGUCGCGGAAGCGCAUUCCUGCAGACAAGAAGGUGCGGUCGUUCUCAGAGCCUGACAAGAUCCACGAGGUCGGAGUUGAUGAGGACCCCCCAUGCCCCCCAGACAGUGCUGUGUCCUCAGCAGGCCGGCGAAAGCCCUAUGAAGCCACAGGAAAGCCAGCCUUUCCCAAACCACUUCCUAAGCAGCCACAGCAACAUGCCUCCGAUGACCGCAGGGUGACCAGGCCUGGUGGUGGACUGCCACAGCCUGGGCAGACCGAGGAUGUCACAGAGAGAAAGAGUUCUGGAACUCCUCCGCAGGGCAGCUCCAAGGAGGGCCAAGAUGGCCUCAGCUCAGUGCAGGGGCUGGAGAACCAGAGGUUGGGCACGUUUGCAGAGUAUGAGGCCACAUGGAACAUCCAGAGGAAACCCCCGGAGUCAAAGCCCACGGGAAGGUAUCAUUCUGCAGAUAACAUCUUGGACCCAGCUGUGGAGGAGAGGAGUAAACCACUAUGUGUUCAUGAGAGGUCCAGGUCCUCCCCCUCUGCUGACUUCUAUGGCCAGAACAUCCCAGGGCGAGGACGGAAAUCAGCCGAGUACGCGCACACAGAGAGCAAGCUCUCCGAGCUACAGAGGUCUGGCACAAGGUUGUCUGACAGAGGACCUAGCGAGUUGCGCGUAAAACCGAAGCCUGUAGAACCCGAGCAGUUCCCAGACCUGCCCCCUCCUCCUCCACCACCCCUUCCGCCUCCUCCUCCCCCAGCACCUUUGGAGAACCUCGACUCCCCAGCGUGGGACGCCCCUCUCCCUCCUCCCCCUAGUCCUCUUCCGGCCGCUCUCCUCCCCGACCCAGUCGACCCUGCUCCGCCUCCCCUGAACCUGCACCUGCACCCGCAACCCUAUCCCCAAACCCACUGGAAGAGACAGGCGGUGCCCCGUCCGGACAGGUACCAGCAUCCAGACGCCGCACCCUCACUCCCCAGCCCCGACCCCAACCCCGACCCGCACCUUCACCCCGACCCGCACCACCACCACCUCCCCUCUUCCGGCGUUCAGGGCGGAGUCCUGCGUUACCACUCCCCCAACACAGAAGCUGACCCCGCCCUCUGUCCACACAGGGAUCUGGAGGCACUGAAGAAAGAGGAAGAGGAGGAGGAGAAGGAGGCGGAGGAGGAGAAGGAGAAGGAGGCGGAGAGGAAAAAGGAGGAGGAAAAGGAGGAGCUGAAGCAGCAGAAGCCGGAGCCUGCGCCGCUGCCCCCGCCCCCGCAGCAGCCCCCGCACGGGGCCCCGGCGCAGGCCAAGCCCACCAUGGAGGGCCAGCGCUCGCCCUCGCCCCAGUUCUCUCCCCAGAGGCUGACCGACAAGCCCCCCGUCUCCCUGCAGGAUGAAGCCCCUGGAAGGAUGGAAAGGGUGAGCGAGAACAGCAGCGCUGCCAGAAAAGUGCCCAUCAAGAUCGUCCAUGCCGAGAGCGACACGGAGAAGGAGAGCCGGCAGUACCUCCACCCUCACAGCGUAGGUGGUGCUGGUGCUGGUGGUGGUGGUGGUGGUGGUGGUGGUAGUGGUGGGGCCAGCGGAACAGGCAGAGAGGCCCCUCAAGCUCCCUCGGGCCCUGGAGCCACUCACCUGACCAGCUUGUCCGGCGCGGAGCAGCAGUCGUACUCCGUCUUCAGUGCCUACUCGCGCCAGCAGAGGGACCAGGGCCCGGAGGCCAGGUCUGCCGACAUGGGGGCCCAGAGGGAGCCGUCCGAGCCCAGGAGAGAUCCGCACAAGGGGCCCCAGGGCGAGCACAGGCCCUCGGAGGCCCCAGCAGCAGCAGCAGCGCAACCACCGACGCCACCGACGGACGGCCCCCAACACACCCCUCACCCCAGCAGCAACGGGGUCGCGGCGACGUCCAUCAGCACCCGGCUGCGGUCGGCGGAGGACGAGAAGAGGGACGAGCUGGCGAGGGACAUCAUCGACAAGGACAAGUCCCUGGCCGACAUCCUGGACCAGAGUAAGAUGAAGACCACCAUGGACCUGAUGGAGGGGCUCUUCCCCCAGGGCGAGCAGCUGCUGGAGGGGGCCCACCAGCGGAGGAAGGCGGCCCCCAAGCAGGCCUCGCCCCGGAGCUCGGAGGAAAGGAAAGAGGAGGAGAGCACCAUGGCAGCCGCCGUUGCCCUGGCAACCAGUUCCACCUACUACAGCACGUCCGCUCCCAAGGCGGAGCUCCUUAUCAAGAUGAAGGACAUGCAGCAGGAGAGUGAAGAGCAGGAGGACUCGGAGGAGGAGCUUGACCACGACCUGGCCAAUAAGAAGCAAGAGCUGAUCGACAGCCUGAGCCGCAAGCUGCAGGUGCUGCGGGAGGCGCGCGAGAGCCUGCAGGAGGACGUGGAGGAGAACAACGCGCUGGGCCAGGAGGUGGAGGCCACCGUGCAGCAGGUGUGCAAGCCCAACGAGCUGGACAAGUUCCGCAUGUUCGUGGGCGACCUGGACAAGGUGGUGAGCCUGCUGCUCUCCCUCUCCGGGCGGCUGGCACGCGUGGAGAACGCCCUCGACAGCCUGGAGGAGGACGCCUCGCCUGAGGAGAGGCGGAUCCUGACGGACAAGCGCAAGCUGCUGAUCCGACAGCAUGAGGACGCCAAGGAGCUGAAGGAGAACCUGGACCGGCGCGAGCGCGUGGUCUACGACAUCCUGGCCAGCUACCUGGACGAGGAGAGCCUGGCCGACUACGAGCACUUUGUCAAGAUGAAGUCGGCGCUCAUCAUCGAGCAGCGCAAGCUGGAGGACAAGAUCAAGUUGGGCGACGAGCAGCUCAAGUGUCUGAUGGACAGCCUGCCGCUGGACCAGAGGCUGCCCAUCCGAGGAGACCUCUAGACUGGAGCUGCAUUCGAAAUGUUCACCCGUUCACUCACUCACUCACUACCCUAUAGUAAACGAGUGAACAUUUUGCGUUUCGACCGCAGCUCUGUGUGUCCGACAUUCCGUCCAGACAUCCGUCUGGACCACUUCCUGUCCUCCUCAGUGACCCCCCGCCACCCCCCCCCCAUCCCCCCACCCCAUCUUGACUGGGCUCAGCCCUUUCAAUCUAUACCAGACAUGGUCUGAUGCUGUUCAGACGCCACCGAGUGCUUAACCGACUCUGCUCCCUGACCACAGUUUGACCCCCCGCACCAACCACUGUUGUAGCUCGUCGUUGAUUUGUCUGGGCAGAGGAAAAGAACUGCCAUAUCUGACACAGAAACAGCCCUUAGCCACAGCUCCCUCUCUGAACUGAAUGGAACUGAACGGAGCUGUCUGGGUUGAGACAUUUUGCACCUUGAGGGCACUUCGGCAGACAGUGCUCCUGACCACAGAGGGACUUGACAAACCACUGCUCGGCUUCCCACUAAAUAUAAGUAGCUUUCUGACCACUAGAGGGCAAUGUUGAGAUGGGCUUGCGUGUCUGACUGAUCAUAAUGUUACAUUGUCAAAGCUGUGUGUCUACAUGUCGGUCACACAAACACAUACGCAGACAGUAAGACACACAAACACACGCACACACACACACACACACACACACACACUCACACACACACACACCUGAGAAAGUAAUUUAACUAAGGUCUUCUCAGUGAGUUUCAGGGCCCACGGUUCUCUUUUUUCAGAUUCCUGAUGAUGUUCAAUGUCGCUCUCACACUCAGUAAUCUUAUUCAGGGACACCACUGAAGCCUGAUGUUUUUGCAACAGGGCAGCACAUCUCCAAAAAACAACCCGAGACUCUUAGAUGGUGCAUUAUUUCAUACCACAUUGUUCUGUCUUUUUGUGUCAUAUCACAACGCAAAAUAAAAUGAAAAUCCAUGUUUUUUUUAGUAAUUUAUUGUAGCCCUUUUAAACUUGUACAUACAUUAGAGUAGGCUACAGUAGUCUCUUAUUCCCCACACACCUGAUUUUAGCCAGGCCAGACGUAUCACAUCGGUCAAUCACUCUUGAGUAGCUGCUUAUCUCUAACAUUGCAUUAACUCUUGCUGUAAUCGCUACAUUGCUACGUAACCUGAGACUUGCCUAAAACCGUUCCAUGUUACUCCAUUGUGGAUUCAAUACUUGUCUAUAAAAUACCAGCUGCCUUUCGCUCUG